CGUGCAUACGAAGUGUUAUUAUAGUGAAACUUAGUUUUACAGAUACACUUUAUUAAUAUUUAAGGUUUGUAUUCAGCUGACCUGAAAUAAUCAAGCGGCUUUCAGCUUUUGUCAUAAGCGAUUCAGAAUGUACUUACGGUACAUUUUUUGUUGGUAAGAACAAGUUAUGCGUGACCAACAAAUGGACGAGCUGCAGGCCUCGUCUAUGGAUCCUGCCACAGAAGACGGAGCGACAGGGAGGAAGAAAAAAGUUCGCGAAUCUAAAAACCGUAAGAAAUAUUGGAAGAAGGCAGAUAUCACAGAGGUCGACGAAUAUCUAGAGGAUCAACGCUUCAAUGAGCGUGUGGGUGGUGAUGUGUCUAACAAAGAGGAUACCCAAUUAUUCCUGCUAGAUAAAAGUACAGAUGAGGCAGGCGAAAGGCGAUUCCAGAAGAAACGAUCCGAGAUCCUUAAAGAACCUUUAAGGUGCCAUUCUAUUCUUGACCAACGAUCCAAGGUUCCUGUCCCAUACACGAAAAGUCGAGUAAAGAUGGCUGAUGAACGCAAGAGCGCCAUCCACCUCGCUAAAGAGCGGGCAAUUAUUGCACAAAGGGUGGAUCAGUCAAAGAAAGGUGCGGCAAAGCGACGUCAAGAGAGAGAGCAAGAAGAGAAAAAGACGAAGUGCAGAACGUUAAACAGUCAAACCGAAAUCUUUGAUCUUUGGGGUUCUCAAAAGGAAAAAACCGAGAACACUGAGGCCGAUUGCCAUGUUGACGUCGUCGAAGCACCUGAAGAUGCGACCUAUUUAUCGAAGGAUCAGCAAACUUAUUACGCACCAUCAACACGUCCAAGCCGUCCUAAAGUGCCCGCUCUGCGUUACAAAAAGCCAUCGAAACUGCCCGCGGUUGAAGUUGCCAAACCUGGCGCCAGUUACAGACCCACUUUUGAGGAUCACCAAGAACUUUUAUCAGAAGCACACGAGAUUGAAAUAGAAAAGCUUCGCAAUGAACAGCAUCUCGAAAGGGUGCUUACGUCCCUUUUCCCGACGAAAGAAGAGGCGAGGAAGAUCGAAGUUGAAAACAAGAAGCAAGAAGCCGUUGGUAUUCUCUACUCGGAUGAUGAUGACAAUGAUGGGAACAAGGACGAAGACAAUAAUGCGGAGGUAGAAGAAGCAAACGGUAAUCCACGGGUACUAGCCGAGAAUCGGAAAACUCGUGUACAGCGGAAUCGUCAAAAGGCUCAUCAAGAACGUCUGAGGGCUAUAAAACUUGCAAAAGAAAAAAAGAAGUUUGAAUCGCAGUUUGGCCGCAUCGGUGUCUACUGUAAGGAGAUCAAAAAGGCAAAUAGGCUUACACAAAAGAGAAUAGAGGAACGAAAGCAAAGGGAGAUCGAUGCCAUGUACCUGCCCCGACGCCUCGGAAAAUACAAAUAUCGACCGCAAGACAUUGAACUGAAGCUCAGCGAUGAAAUUCCCGCAAGUCUUCGCCAACUGAAACCAGAGGGAAGCAUCAUGAUAGAUCGUAUGAGGUCUUUCGAAAGGCGUAAUUUAAUUGAGCCGCGACGCAAAAUUAUGCGUAAGAAGAUGUGGACGAAAAAAGUAUACAAGCGGUCCUACAAAAAGGGAUUCGAAGACGUCUUAUCGACCCCCAAAGCCGAUGGCUUAGCGUAAAAGGAAGUGGUUAGAAAAUAGCGCUUUUCCGUAUACACAUAAAAUAAAUGUUGCGUACUUCUCCCGCA